AAUCUAAUUUAUUUGUACAAAAACAUUUAAAUUUCGACUUCAAACCAGAGAGAAAUCGUCCGUUAAAGAUUAAAGGAAAAAGAUAAAAGGCUUUCCAUGAAAGAGAAGAAUGCUGAUGUGGACGGGUUACUCAUUUUUACUCAUCGUAAGGUUCUAUUAAGUAUUAACCCUUUUUACAACAAUCUAAUAAAAGAAAGGGGUUGACAUUAAAAAAGAAAGGGGUUGACAUUGAUCUAUGAGGGGUUGGGCCGUGCUUGGGCCGGCACGGUAUAGGCACGCUUCGGGCCCAUUUAUUUCGUGUCGUGCUUGGCACGACCCGUCAGUUUUCUUGUCGUGCCGUGCAAGCCCAUUUGUUAACUUUGCUAGGUCCGGUCCAGGCCCGGGCACGGUUCGAAUCGUGUCGUGCCUAUUCGUGCUCGUGUCAUGCUCGUAUUCGUGUUUAAUGAAAAGGACGAAGACAAAAGAGAGAAUGAAAAAGAAGGUGAAAAUUGGACGUAGAAAGAUAGUAUUAACCAAUAAUGUUUGAGAAAAGUAACAAAUAAGGGGGAAAAGAAAAUUGGAAGUAUAUCGAGUGUGAUUUGACUUUGUUCAAUUCUUUGUCCAUUUUACUUGUGUUAGUAAUUACUUAUAUAUCUUUAUGACACUUCUAACAACAAAAAAUAAUUAUUUUUCUACUUGUGUUUUGUAAUAUUUGAACCUAUAAUUCUUUUUAUAUUUAUUUUCUAUCAAAUAAAUAUUAUUUUCGUGUCAUGUCCGUUCUUAUACUUCAAUAAAGUCUCGAAAAUAUUAGGCCCGACACGGCCCACUUAUAUACCGUGCCCGUGCUCGUGCCCGUGCCCAUGAAGUUUAGGCCCGGCACGGCCCAUAAUUUAUUCGUGCUCGUGCCGGGCUGGCCCAUUUAUUUCGUACCCGUGCUCGUGCAGUGCUCUAAGCGUGUCGUGCUAGCCCGUGAGCGGCACGGCCCAGUGCCCAUGUACAUCUAUGACCAAAGAUGAAAAUACAGCCGACUGAAGCAAGUUCGUGAUGUACGACAAAGAAAGCAUUCUGAUGGGCUAAAUUACACGUUUGAUCACUCAAAUUAUACAAAUCUUUCACGUUCGUCACCCGAAUUACUUUUCUUUCUUAUUCGGCACUAACUUUACGAAUCGUUUCACCAUUAGCACCGGCCGUUACACUUCGUUAAAUUUGUCCUACGUGGCAGUCAACUAUAAAGUUUGACCAUUAACUUGAUGACGUGGAAAUUAAAAAUAAUAAAAAAUAAAAUUAUUUUUCCACCUCAUCAUUCCACUUACUUUGUCUAUGUUUAAUUAUAUUAAUUAUUUAAUAAAAAUUACUGAAUUUUUUUAUAAAUUACAAAAUAAUUAUCAGUGGAAGGAAGAAAUUUAUAUAAUCAACCAGUGCAAUAGGAUCAGAAAUUAUCAUGCAUCCCAUAGCCUUUUAAAUUAGUUCGUGAUACAUAACUUAAACAGAAGAACAAGUCCACCCCUGAAAAAUUCUAUACCAAAUGUCAUAGUUCGCCGACCUCCGCACCUUGCUUUCGAACCGCAGCCUGGCUCCGUCGAUGCCGUAGUUCAGAUUGGUGAGCACGUUCAACCCAUCGAGCUGCGCGUAGAAGUAGUUGUGCUCGUCGUCCUGGUAGCUCCGGUCAUGCCUGGAAAUCAUCGAUGUCGGGAUGGAAGCUUCGCCAAGAACUGCAGGUUGUUGAAGAAGCUGUCCUGUGGAUCUUGCAACUUCGGCGCCAAAGGUAUGAACGCCAUCCUUAACAACUAUGCAUCACUGGAAGAACUGCCCGUGAAGCGGUUCCACAUAAGAACCCAGAAGUGGAGAAAAGCGCUAGAUGGGAACCCGAAGAACCCAUCAGCAGCGUCGCCGGGAGGGACCGCCGCACUCCGAUUAUCGACGAAGAAACUGGAUGAGAGGGUAAGGAUUUCGAUGGCGCUGACGAAAGCCACGGUAGACGAAUAGGAGGAGUGGGGAAGGAGUUCGCUGGAUGGGAACCCGAAGAACCCAGCAGCAGUGCCGCCGGGAGGGACCACCGCGCUCCGAUUGUCGGUGAAGAAGCUCGAUGAGAGGAAGAAGGUGACAACGACGAGGAGAAGAGCGUCGAUCUGGGGGGGGGGGGGGGGGGGUAAGAGUGCAUCAACAACGAGGAAAGAGGAGGCCGUUCAUUUUUUAAUUUAAUUAUUUUUUAUUAAAUAAUUAAUAUCGUAAAUCAUAUAGAUAAUGUAAAUGCAAUGAUGAGGUUGAAAAUAUAUUUAAUUUUUUAAU